AUGAUGCUCACAGAAUGUGAGAGAAUCCUUGGCCAAGGCCUCCUUCACCUCCCAUCCAAACACAACUACCGCUAUGGACCCGAAGCAGAGAAGGAUCUGCUAGAGCUCCUCUUCCGAUCGCUCACCGGCUACAACGAAGAACGCCUACAAAUCCUGUUCCCCGACGGUCUUCAAGCUGUAUCAUGGAAGUUGGCAGAAGCCCAAGGAGCUGAGGAAGGGGCUGAGUACACUGAGGCGGCGCGGGGCAAGCGAUGCGGACAUAUCUUCAGAGCGGGAGAAGCGACGUACCGUUGUGUUACCUGCGCGGCGGAUGAUACCUGUGUGCUGUGUAGUCGCUGCUUUGACGCGUCGGACCACACGGGCCAUCAGUAUCAGAUUUCUUUGUCGGCGGGGAACUGCGGAUGCUGUGAUUGCGGAGACGACGAGGCGUGGCGACUGCCGUUGUUCUGCGCGAUCCAUACCGAUAGUGGUGAGGCGAAGGGGAAAGAGCGUGCUCAGAGUCAGUUGCCGCAGGAUUGGAUGGAUAAUAUCAAGCUUACGAUCUCGCGCAUACUCGACUACUUCUGUGAUGUCAUUUCGUGCUCACCUGAGCAGUUGAGAUUGGCAAAGACUGAAGAUGGGAUCAGACAGGAUGAAGAGGCGUCGCGGCUACGUCCCGGCUGGUAUGGUGAGGGUGAUCAACCGGAGGAAGAGCCGGAGUUUGCCCUUGCGCUCUGGAACGACGAAAAACAUACCAUUAGAGAUGUGGCUCAACAGGUGACCCGGGCCUGUCGGGAACGAGAUGCCUUUGGAGUUGAAAGGGCACAUGAGACGAAUGAUAUUGGGAGGAGUGUGGUCAAAUACUCGAAGAACCUGUCGCAGCUAUUGACGACAUCAAACAUCAUCGAGCAGAUCAAGGUGACUGUCACGGUGCGUUCUGCUCGGGAUAUCUUCCGGGAGCAAAUGUGCGGAACGAUUGUCGAAUGGCUCGCGGAUGUUGCUGGUUGCAGUAUCCAGCAAGAUAAUGAGAUUCUGCGUCACACCAUCUGCGAAGAGCUCAUGAACACAUGGCAGCGCGGCAGUACUGCCUGCAAUGCGGGUAUUGGAAUGAAGGGAAUCGAUGAUCACCAGAAAAUCGAGAAUGGACCCUACCGGACUGUCAUGGUUCAUAUUUCACCAAAUGGACCGUUGGUUGUGGCGCCUCCUGAUGACGACGAGGAUGAGGAUGACGACGAGGAUGCCGGUCUUCCCAAUGAAGCGGGAAACGAGGGCGAGGACGAGGACGAAGACGAGGGCCUUGAGUAUGUCGAAGCUCAUGACGCCGAUGACGAGGAUGAGGAAAUGGAGAUGGAACUCAACCGGUUGCAUGAUGAUAUUGCGGACGAUGACGAAGACAUGGUUAUGGGCAAUGCCGACGAUCCGCUCGAGAUCGCAGAGACACUGUUGGCUGAGUAUGCUCAGGCUCGUGCAGGGACAAUUGAGCGGCAGGAACAGGACGAGGGUCAAGAGCAAGAGACUGAGCACGAGGAACAGCAGCCGGAUGAACAGGAUGUUGACACAGAGAACCAACCUGAUUCCCAGUCUUAUAUCCCACCCAUUCCCAAAACCCCGUCUAGGGCUAUCAGGACAACUCCGGCAAGGACCCCGGGCUAUUGGCAGGUCAAGGCAUACAUGCCUGUGAAGGGCGAACAUAUCCCACCUUACGAGGACCUGUAUCAACGCACCCGUCUCGACUGGAUGGUUCUUUUCGACCUACGUUUGUGGAAGAAGACUCGUACAGAUCUACGCGACCUUUAUAUCGGCACCGUGGUCAAUGUCCCUGAGUUCAAGCGCGUCAUGGGUCUCCGCCUAUCUGCAUUGUACACUGCACUUGCUCAGCUGUAUCUCAUUGCGGAUAGAGAGCCCGAUCACUCCAUUGUCAACUUGUCACUGCAGCUUCUCACCACACCCUCGAUCACAGAGGAAAUCGUUCUGCGUGGAAACUUCUUGACCAAGGUCAUGGCUAUCCUCUACACCUUCCUGACCACGAGGCAGGUUGGCGAACCAUAUGAAGUCAAUCCCAACGCGACCCUGGCCUUCGAUUCUGGGUCAGUCAGCAACCGACGUCUGUACCAUUUCUUCCUAGACUUGCGCCACCUGCUCCAGUCCGAGUACGUUCAGAAGCGUGUCCGGACAGAGGAGCAGUACCUUUCCCAGUUCCUGGACCUCGUCAAGCUGUCGCAAGGAAUCUGCCCGAACGUGCGCGCCGUGGGCGAACAUGUGGAAUACGAGACGGAUUCGUGGAUCACCGCAUCCAUCCUCAUGCGCGAGAUAAACCGCCUCUGCUGCCAGUUCUGCGAGGCCUUCCGAGAGCCGGGACUCGACAGUGGUCGCAACCUUCUAAGAGCUGUCUGGGUCGCUACUAUCUCAGCUGUGGUGCACUCUGCGGGUAUUGAGCGUGCGCGAUUCGGCCAGGCUGAGAUUAAGGAUUAUGUCCGGUUCAAGUCCUUGCCGUGCUUCGACUUUGAGGCCGAUGAGUCGGGUCAGAUGCCUCGUCAUCGCGUGGUAGACUUCGUUGUGGAGAAGGGAUCAAUUAGUUUCCACCAUGCUUUGCACUACACGCUGUCGUGGUUGGUUGAAUGUGGCCGCAACAUCAGCAACACUUUGAUGCGCGAGGUCCUGCUGGACGCUGCGCAGACUGCCAAUGCCAAGUAUAUUCACGACAGCCAACUUAGUCCCGAGGACCUGUUGCUCGCCAUGUUCGAUUAUCCGCUUAGGGUUUGCGCUUGGUUGGCACAGAUGAAGGCCGGCAUGUGGGUUCGCAACGGUCUCAGUCUUCGCCACCAAAUGUCGCAGUACCGGGGUGUGUCGUCUCGCGACUUUGCGUACUACCGUGAUAUCUUCCUUCUCCAGACUGCCAUGGUCACCUGCGAUCCUAGCAGGGUUCUCGCAUCCAUUGCUGAACGAUUCCGCGUUGCGGAUUGGAUGACACGGGAUUACACCCCGCGACCAGAAUGGGAGGAGCCCCAGAUCGUUGAUGUUGCCGAAGAAUUUGUCCAUCUGUUGGUUAUCUUGUUGACAGACCGGUCUUCUCUCACGGCCAGUGACGACAGCGAUGCGGUGAUGGAGGACGACAUUGCCCGGGACGUCGCGCAUGUGUUGUGCUUCAAGCCUCUCUCGUUCUCUGACCUCUCGACUCGCCUCAGUGACAAGCUGCUCGACUCGGAUAUGUUCCAAGACGUGCUGGAGGAGGUCGCCACCUUCCGUCCGCCUGAGGGAUUGAACGACACGGGUACAUUCGAGCUCAAGCCGGAAUACAUCGACAUGGUGGACCCGUACAGCGCUCACUACACGAAGAACCAGCGCGACGAAGCGGAGAAUGUGUACAGGGAGUGGGUGGCUAAGAAGACAGGAAAGAAGGCAUCAGAUGUUGUGUUCGAGCCGAAGCUGCGGCCCAUCAACACCGGUGCUUUCUCUGACCUUGCUAACUUCACCAGGACGCCGCUUUUUGCGCAGAUCGUCCACCAGACUCUUGACUAUGUGAUGACGUCGACGGACCGUACGCCAACUAUCCCGCCAACUCGCAUUGAGACGUUCCUUCAGGUGGUGCUGCAUUUGGUUCUCUCUGCCACGCUGGAAGACCGCACCGCGGAAGGUGACAUGCCCAGAGCAUCGUUUGUCUCCCACGCUCUGUCGAAGGCCAGAAUGACACAAGCAGGCAACCUGACCAUCGUUGGGCUGUUGGAAAAGAUCUCUGCGAUGAGCGACUUCUCUGCGUGCCAAGCAAAGAUUCGCCAUAUCCUCAAGAAGUUCUGGCAGAAGCGACCUCGAGCAUAUGAAUCGGCGACCGCUUCGCUCAAGUUCCCGUUCGACAGGGUCGACACUGAUUCUCCUGCUGGCGAAGUUGACAACAGCGAAAAGGAGCUCAAGAAGAAGCAGGCCUUGGAGAGACAGGCGAAGGUGAUGGCUCAGUUCCAGCAGCAGCAACAAAACUUCAUGAACACUCAAGGCGGUAUUGACUGGGGCGUUGACGAAGAUCUGAGUGAUCUCGAGUCUGAGGCUGAGGCUGCUCCUGAAGAAGCCAAGGUGUGGAAGUACCCCAGCGGGACUUGCAUUCUUUGCCAGGAAGAGACCAAUGACUCCAGGGUCUAUGGUACAUUUGCUCUCGUCCAGGACAGUAGUAUCCUGAGGCAGACGGAUGUUCGGGAUUCGGACUGGAUUAGGGAAGUCCUCAAGACUCCGUCUAGCUUGGAUAUGUCUGCGGAUAAUCUUCGGCCAUUUGGUGUGGCAGGCGAGAACCACUCUACGGUACGAAGACUGGAUUCGUCUGGUGGGGAGGUUAUCAGCGAGAAGAUUGGGUUGAGCAAGGGAUUCAAUGCGGAUAACAUGGUCCGAGGUCCUGUCACGACUGGUUGCGGUCAUAUUAUGCACUACUCGUGCUUCGAAGUGUACUACACCGCGACACAGAGGCGCCACACUCAGCAGAUCGCCAGAAACCACCCGGAGCGUCUGACCUGCCAGGAGUUCGUCUGUCCCCUCUGCAAAGCCCUGGGUAAUGCAUUCCUUCCCAUCACCUGGAAGGGCAAGGAAGAGUCCUACCCUGGUGCUCUGAAUGUUUCCACCUCUUUUGGCGAAUUCAUUGAUGCAGAGGUUAGAUCUGCUCUUACACAACCGCGGAACUACGCGCUCCUCACGGGCGAUGAUAAUUCGCAACUGCACUCGUACCAGGACUUGUUUGCCGAGUAUCUGUCCAAGACGCUGGCCCCCCCUGUUGCAGCCAAGGUUGAGCAACUUAUGUCGUCGUCCCUCCCAUCGACAGCGCAUUAUGUCCCGCCUGCGCGUAUGCCGAUGCCGGGGCUGUUCCCAACUACAGAAGACAUCACGGCUUCCAGCCCGUUGCCGCAGGUUGCUAGUCCCGGUGAUAGCCCGAUGUCCGAACUCCUCCAGAUCUAUAGGCGAUUGAAGAAGACGAUACAGUUGAACGAAGUCCAGUCAGCGUUCAACUACCCCACGGACAUCAUGACAGGCGACGCCAUGGUUCACACCGACUCGUUGAUCCGGAGCUUCGGGUUCAGCAUUGCCUCUGUGGAGAUCUCGCAGCGGGGCGUGGAGUCCGAGUUUGGCGCAACUCUGCUGGACAAGAUUCCACAGUUGACACUUACUCACUUGCGUGUCCUGGCGGAGACGGCACUAUCUUACGCUGCAGUUGGGUCCCUGCACAACAACGGCGGAUCGGUCAGUCGUUCUGCGGUGGAGUUCCGGGACAUGCAUCGCCAGAAGAUCUACCAGUUAUUCGUGGGUCAUCCUUGUCUGGCUGAGACAUCACUUCCGGACCGUGCGAGUGAAAUCGAGCCAUUGCUUUCUAAGGACAUCUUCGUGUUUUUGGCUGAAUGCUCGCUUUCGCUUUUGCCGGUUCUGCAAAUCGAUGUGCGGCACCUGGUGCAGAUGUGCUGUGUGGCGGAGAUUGUCAAGGUUGCUGUCACUUAUAUCCUGGAGCCGAGCGGACUUAAGCAGGAAUUGGCCGAGAAUGGGGAUGCGCACUAUUUGAUGGAUGUCGAACUGUCCGACGAAGCGUUCAGCUCCACCAAGCAUUUCUUCGAUUCCGUCGUGGCUGGACUCCGUGCGAACUCGGCGGAGUUUGGCUACGUCAAGGAAGGCGAGGGAUCUGCGACGUCCGGAGUGGUUAUUGCACUAAGAAGAUUGAUAACAAGCUAUGCGUUGACCUUCCUCCGCAAGACGGUCAUUCUGCUGCAUGUGCAGCAUGGCGUCGAAUUCCCCAACGCCGGGCUCGACGAGAGCACGGAACUCGACCGUCUCACGAGGGCCUUGAACCUCCCGUCGCUCGACGAACUUUUCGCUUUUGUGAACCCUACGCAGAGGAAUGACCCGUUCAAUGCAGUGGUCUCUGGCUGGCUGCACCACUUCAAUGUUUUCGGUCAUGCCGGUGACUCGAAAUUGCCCAGUCUCUCUCACCCGGCAAUCUUCGAACUCAUUGGAUUGCCCGAGUACUUCGACAGUCUGAUCGAAGAGGCCAAUCGCCGACGAUGCCCGACCUCAAAGAAGGAAUUGACUGAUCCGAGCAUCUGCUUGUUCUGCGGAGAUAUUUUCUGCUCGCAGGCCGUGUGCUGUAUGAAGGAUAAGCUGGGCGGAUGUAAUCAGCAUCUCCAGAAAUGCGGCAAAAACAUCGGCCUUUUCAUCAACAUCCGCAAAUGUACCGUCCUCUACCUCCACAACCACAACGGCUCGUGGCACUUUGCCCCAUACCUCGACCGACACGGCGAGGUGGACCCCGGCCUGCGGCGCAACCGCCAAUUGAUCCUCAACCAGAAGCGGUAUGACAGACUUCUCAGGGACGUGUGGCUGUCGCAUGGUGUUCCGGCGACGAUUAGUAGGAAGUUGGAGGCUGAUAUUAAUAACGGCGGGUGGGAGACUAUCUAA